AUGGAUGCUCUACGCAACGACGACGCUUUUUCCUGGAAACAGUACAACCAAGCCACCGCCAAUGUUGUCAGUUGGCUGCGCACCGCAGCACGCUCCCUUGUGACCCCCUGCAAUGUCGAUCAGAUACACACCUCGGUCGAAGACGUGCUGCGCAUUUCGCGCUGUUGUUCGCUGGCGGGCACAUCGGUGCCCCGUGACAUCCAGCUCGCGCUCACAGAUGCGAUCCGCCUACGCGAGCGGUUUUCCAACUGGGUGUGUUCCCAACGUCAAGAGUACAGGCCCCCGCCCAUCGAAGGCGCCCUUCGCCUGCGCCGGACGUUGGAUGUGGACGACUUGAAGCAAAUAAGGCACCAUUUCGAAGCAACCGUCAGCGCCACCCAGCAGCGGCUCCAACCAUCAUCACCUCCUAGUCAACAUACGCGAGCCCUCGGUGGGGAUACCGACUUCCCCACCGAGAUCUGUGACCUGGCCAACGAAUAUCCCGUUGUUUUCGAUGUCCUCUUUGGCACCUUCUGCUUGAUGACGGAUACCCACACACUCAGACAACAGUUGCGAUGCGUGUGGAACAGACACCAACGCCGAGAGAUCCCCUCGGAGGCUGCUGCCAAGAUUACCCACACAACGUUCGAGAUCAUUGACAUUCUUGAGUCGGAUUUCGUCAGCCAAGCAGAAACGUAUUCCCCGCCGAUGCCGACCUCCACAUUUGGUCUUCAACUUGGCCUGCUCUUGACCUACCUUGCGAGCGACACCUAUACUGCCAGCCACCCAUCUCAAGACUGCCUUGAGUCGUUCGGCAAAUGCAUCUAUGAGUACCCUCAAAAGGCCCAGCUCUCCGAAUGGGCGAUGAGAGACAUUAGCGGGAUGCUGCUGAAUGCCGCCCAAGUGCCGACUUGGGAAGAGAACCCGGAUCGCCAUCUCCACCAAGAGCUCCGCGACUGCGGUCGUCAAGGCGACUUCCGCAUUCUUUAUCAUCUUGUCAAGAAGGCCAAGCUUGGCCAGUCAAGCACAAAUGCAGAUCAGUACAUGCAGAAGGUGGAAAAAAGUCUUAGCCUCCUAACAGGAACACAAGCAUUACCAACAAGCACUGUCGCCAUGUGUGCUAUUGUGCUUGACAUUCACAACAUUACAGGUAGACACGCAGAUGCUCCAUUCACAUAG